AUGGCGUCAAUCCUUGCUUUCCUCAUCGCCUUCGCAUUCCUUCUUCCAUAUUCUUCAUUGACACGUGCGGCCCCUGUCGCCCAGUGUCGCUCCAUUCCUGGAGACACUGCGUGGCCUUCUUCAGCUGAUUGGGCUACCCUCAAUAAUACGGUUGAUGGCAGAUUGAUUGCCACCAUUCCCCUCGCAGCUCCUUGCCAUAAGGCAUUAUUCAACCUCCCGAAUUUGGCAUUUGACCUCGCCAGAUGUGAAGCUCUGAGAACUGUGUGGUACUACCCUGAAACGCAUCUGCAGUCAGCAUCUUCGCCGAUGGCUUAUCCUUUUUCAAAUAACAGCUGCAAUCCCUGGCUAGGGCCGGACACCCCUUGCACCCUAGGCUUCCACCCCGUGUUCUCCAUAAACGCCACCAAGUCUGCUCACUAUCGGGCUGCCAUCCUAUUCGCUACCAAGCACAACAUCAGACUUGUCAUCCGCAACACUGGGCAUGACUACCUUGGCAAGUCGACCGGAGCUCAUGCACUGGAGAUCUGGACCCAUUCGGUGAAGGGGAUUAAGCUAUUCACCCAGUACACCGGUCCCACAUUUUCGGGUCCUGCUAUCAAAAUCGGUGCUGGAGUCCUCGCGGGCGACGCAUACACAUUUGCAAGCGAACAUGGCCUCGUUAUCGUAGGAGGCAACUGCCCCACUGUCGCACUCGCCGGUGGAUAUACGCAAGGCGCAGGCCACGGACCUUUCGCAUCGAGAUUUGGCUUAGCGGCUGAUCAAGUGUUGGAAUGGGAGGUUGUGACCGCCACUGGAGAGUUACUUACCGCAAACGCGCAAAAUAAUUCGGAUCUCUAUUGGGCAUUGCGGGGAGGAGGAGGCGGCACAUUUGGUGUGGUGGUAGCUAUGACCGUUAAAGCCUUUCCUGACACUUUCACCUCGACCGCAACCAUGACGGUGCUGAAAAAUGAGACCAAUGCAGACGCUCUGUACGAAGGAAUAGGCACUUUUCUUCAAAACCUUCUCUCUCUCGUUAACUCUGGCGCUACUGCAGUAUGGGUAGCCGCACCUUUUGGAUUUAUGCUCACACCUGCCAUGGCACCGGGCAUACACCAGAGCGAAUUGGACGAAAUCCUGAAACCUACACUCGACAAGUUCCACCAACUCGGUCUUGAGACUUCAUACUCCUCUAGAGAGCACACUACGUUUCUGACAGCUUACAACUCUCUGACCGAAUCCUGGAACGUCUCAAAUUACAACGUUGGCGGCCGAUUGAUCCCUAGAGAGCUUGUAGCAAACAACACAGCCGCCAUAACCAGAGUUAUCAGGAACAUCAGCGAGCGUACGCUCAUGUCUGGCGUCAGUUAUAAUGUCUCACAUAGCGUUGCGUCUCCCGAUGAUGUUGCCGUGAAUCCAUACUUUCGGAAGACUCUAUUCAGUCUGACCGUGGGAACCCCUAUCAACUACACUGACUGGUCAGCAACAACGGCGGCACAAAAUGAGAUCACCCAUGAUUUCCUUCCACAGGUGGAGAAGCUUACACCGAAUGGUGGAGCGUACUUGAACGAAGGGGAUUUCCAGGCACCCGAUUUUAGGACUCUCUUCUAUGGCGCGCACUAUGAUAAGCUUCUCAAAAUCAAGGACAAGUAUGAUCCACAAGGGAUUUUCUAUGCGAAGACGGCGGUGGGGAGUGACCGCUGGGAGCAAGACGCAAAUGGAAGGCUCUGUAGGACGAAGGGGUAG